AAAUGGCCGAUGAUUUUUAUUCUCGCGACGGUCGUAAUUAUUUUACGCGUUUUGUGUUAAUUCUGAGCAUAAUUUUGCAAAAUUUUAAGUAAAUACAUAAACUAAAGAUCUAUUUAAAGAGAAUUUACAUGGUAUUUGUGUUGAAAUGAGUGCGUAAGGUGCAGGAAAAACAAAGGAUUUAUGUGACGCAGAAGAAAAGAAUGUGUAUGGCGCUUGCACAAAGAGAAAAAAAUGUGAAAAAAAUGGAAAAUAUUUCUAAAUAAAUUAGAAAAACAAGUCCAAACAUUAUAGGGUACAAAGAAACAACAAAUCUAAAGUGAAAGGCGAUAGAGAGCAUAAAUCGGUCAUAAAUUGCGCGCUAUAGCUAAAACAUUUGGGUACGGCAGAGGGGGCCAAAAUAAAAUCGAUCGAUUUUUUAUUCUUCUGGUUAUUAUACCCAGCCAACAUCUUACCAACUAUAACCGUAGCCAGCCCAUAACGCAUAGGUUGCGUUGUGUGUGUUGACUUUUUUACUACGUGCUGAAAUCGUCGUAGGGAAGAAGUGAAGAAGUGGCGCGCAAUGUCGAAUAUUGUGGAAACGUUCUCGUCGUCGCAGCAGCAACAACCAAAUGAGGAGGAAGAGCAGCGAAUUCUACAACAAGCAAAAACAACCACACCGACAGUAACAAUGAAUACAAAAAUAAAUAAUGAAAAAUUAGCCGGUGGUAAAGAUAAAAAUGAAAAGAAACUUCAACAGCAACAACUGCAGCCCGAAACAGGGGGAGUUGUAGUAGUAGAUGGCGAAGUUCCUAAUAAACAAAGUCAGCAAUUGAUAAGUGAUAGACAAUUAGAUCCAGAGAGACUCACUGAAAAGUCUUCAAAGGACCAAGCCUCGCUUAUAAAAACCACAAAUUCUCAAAGUGAAAUGAAAGUUUCCAAUUCAGUUCCAAAGGAGUAUGGCGGUGAUGAUAAAGAAAAAUCUCAUAAGAAGAAGAAAAAGGAAAAAGAUCGAGAUAGGGAUCGUGAACGCGAAAGAGAUCGAGAAAAGGGUCAUGACAGUCAUAAGAAGCCAAGGGAUAAAGAUAAGAGUGACCGAGAAAAAUCAACCCACAGCUCACACAGCAAGGAAAAGUCAUCGAAAAGCUCUUCUGAUCGAAGCAGUUCAAAGUCAAAGACGCAUUCUUCAAGCGAUCAACAUAGGGAUGGUCAUCACCAGAGUAGUGGAAAAUAUAAAAUGAAAAACAGUAGCAGCGGUUCAUCUGCUACAGCAAAGGACUAUUCAUCUGACAAAGACAAGCCCGUUCUAACAUCAGCUUCAUCGUCCGAGGCCAGUAGCCGCCGAAGAAGUUCAGAAAGCAGCAGAUGCAGCCAAAGCAGCGGCAUUAAGGUGAAUUGUCUCAACAUCAUGAGUGAGACAGAAUUCGAAAGACGAAAAACAACCGAUGCAGACAAUGCACCAAUUAUUCAAGAAUGUUCUAUUAUCAAAGAAACUGAUGGUCCAACUAAAAUGGAGAAUUCUACUGAAAACGAUAGAGCAGAGCAUAAACAAAAGGAUGCUGCUGUGAAAGAGACGCAAAUUGCAAAUAACACAAAUGCUAAUAUACUAGCUCCAAAAGUUGAACUCCUAAAAGAGUUGAAAGCUGACACCAUAAAACCAAACACCGAGUUAAGUAUCAAGAAGGAAGAAAGUGAGAAUAAGACCACUCAGGACUCCAUUAUAUGUACUGAACAAAUAAUUAAACUGGAAGAAGGACAAUCUAGCGAAAUCAAGCAUUUGGUCGUGAUCAAAACUCCUACAGAAGUUUCACGACAACUUGACUUUGACGCUGUUGAUAUCAAACCCAAUGAAAAAACUCUCGCUGUUGCAGCGACAGUUGCAAUGCGAAAUAAGCAGGAACAAGCAGCGCUCACAUCAAAGCUUAUUGAAAACAAACAAGAACAAAUUCCAAACAAACAGGAGAAUUUUCCCAGGACUCCUAUUAAAAUGGAACCAAAUGAUACACCAUACACACCGACAGAAAUAGAAAGUCUUAUGAUGCCUUCACCAGCUAUUAAAACGCAAACUGGUGCGAUAUCACAGGCGUCCGCUCAUGGCAACAGUCACCACAUGCAAAAUCAAAAUCAUUCCACCGGUGCCGUUAACACUGUGCCAGUGACGCCCACAACGUCUUCUUCUUCCUCAUCCUCGAAAUCAGCUACAUCGUCAAGGCGUUCUUCUUCAGGCAGUAGUUCUCAUACGCAUCAUCAUCAUAACCACAAAUCUUCAUCUUCGUCGUCCAGUAAACACAGCACGUCCUCAUCUUCGAACAAUAAUUCAUCGUCGUCCUCAUCACGCAGUAGUCGUGACCGUGAGUGUUCUCGAUGUUAUAAGCGCUCGAAGAUUCGUCGAAGCAGUAUCGGAACCCAGUACGUACCACCACCGCCCGAACCCAAUGUAACGCGCAGCAGUCGCAACAAUUGCAGGGUUCCCUCGGGUCUUGAGCAUUUGAAGUAUGGCCAAUACUUUGAGAUAGAAGUCUAUCCGAAUGGUGGAGCUUCUGUUGUCCACUUGUAUCAGGAUGAAAUAAAGGAUCUUCCACCACAAGAAAUGGACGAAUUGGUGAAGGAAUUUUUCGAUGUUUGUUUUGCCGAAGACGAAGAUGGGUAUGCUCAUCACGUUAUGGGCAUAGUCCACGAUGCGGCAAGAUAUUUGCCUGAUCUAUUGCAGCAUAUGGCAGAAAAUUAUUCAACGCUUACAGUAAAGGCCGGUGUUUUGGGAAGAAACUCUGAUAUAGAGACCUGCACAAUGGCUCAAUACUACGAACAGGUUGUUCGAAAUUACUCGCAGGGUACUUUUCGCUAUGGCCCCCUACAUCAGAUAAGCUUGGUGGGUAAAGUGCAUGAGGAGGUUGGUGGUUAUUUCCCCGAUUUGUUGGGAAGAAUUGAAGAAAAUCCUUUCUUGAAAAAAACAAUGCCCUGGGGUCCAUAUUCAAUACUACAAACUGAUCCUCGUUUAUCCAACGAUGGUCCAAUUCUAUGGAUACGCUCCGGAGAACAAUUGGUACCUACAGCUGAGCUGAACAGUAAAACGCCUUUGAAACGGCAAAGGACACGUAUCAAUGAACUGCGAAACUUGCAAUAUUUACCACGCCUAUCUGAGGCUCGCGAAACAAUGAUUGAGGAUCGCACUAAAGCACACGCUGAUCAUGUAGGUCAUGGUUAUGAACGUAUUACAACGGCAGCUGUUGGCAUUCUCAAAGCAGUCCAUGGUGGCGAAUCAUAUACACAAAAUCGUAUUACCAAAGAUGUGGUAGCAUUUGCAGCUCAAGAUUUCAAUCAAUUAGUGGGAACAUUGCAACUGGAUUUGCAUGAGCCUCCCAUUUCUCAGUGUGUACAGUGGAUUGAAGAUGCCAAGUUGAAUCAGUUGCGCCGCGAUGGUAUACGCUAUGCUCGCAUCAAAUUGUGUGACAAUGACAUCUACUUUCUGCCGCGCAACAUUAUCCAUCAAUUCCGGACAGUGACUGCGGUAACCAGUGUUGCAUGGCAUUUGCGGUUGCGCCAGUAUUAUCCCGGUCAAGAAGUUAUCAAUGAGAAGAAUAAUCCCGUUUUGGCAGAGCCACCACAAUACAAAGAGAAACAAACGAUUUUACCAAAUCCAAUUUCUCAUGAGGAUACCAAGAAGACACCUUGCAAGCGUAAUCACGAGGGCAAGGCUAAAAAAUCAGAGGCCAAAAAACUUAUCGACAUGGAGAGCCGCAACAGGCUCUCAAGUGAAAGCGGAACCGAUGAUUCUUCGGCAGCGCCUAAAGACGAUCCCGAAACUCCCACAAAGAAGAAAGCGGCCAAAGAUGAGCCGAAAAUUGAUAUGCGCAAAAUGGUAAUAGAACACAAUAUGAUCAAUAAAGUAGUGGCCACAAUAGCUUCUCCCAACAAAGUGGAGAAGGCUAAAAAGCCCAAAGCUGAUGGUGACGCUGAUCACCACAAGGAAAAAAAGGAGAAACGUAAACAUAAGGAGGAACAUGUUGGUGGUGCUGGCAGUGGUGGAUCCAAAGCUUCUAAGAACAAUCAGCAAACGCCCAAGAAGGCUAAGGCCACUGUGAUGGAUACAUCAGUGGCGUCGAACAUAUUGGUGGAUACUGCAACAACAACGGCGUCGACAUCCUCAUCAUCUUCAAUGACGGCGGCCACCUCAACAAAUGUGGCAGCAAAUACAAGUCAUUUGACCAAUAACAAAAUUAAACUACCAGAACCAAUAGUGCCUGUAUUACCUAUGCCUUUAGUACCUCCCACACCAUUUACACACCGCGAAGCUUAUGUAAAUAGUCUUAAUCAAAAGGAGCCCGAAAUUAAAAUCCAAGUACAAAUCGUGUCCGAUGAGCCGCCACCCAUAACACCAAUGUCGACGAAUAACAGUAGUAGUCAGCCGCCGUCAAUGGGGCAGAUGAAUACAACGAUGGCUUCAAAUGCCACUCCUAGCCAAGUGACGGCAUUAUCCUCCCCUCCUUCACCGACACCAGCUCCACCCAACAAUGAAAUGGUUCAUGUUGAGGAGGCGCUAAUUCCAACAACUGCCAGCAUGGCCGAUGAGGUGAUUCUAUCGUCCCAGCCUCAGUUGGUGGUGGAUCACGAGGAAGAAGUUGUCAUAUCAGAGGAAAUUGUAACAAGUACAGAAACCACACUUGUAAUUUCAGCGGCGCCGCCUGCUGCACCAAUGGUGGAGGGCAUUGCUAAUACAUGCUACUUACCGCCCCUACCUCCUAUGCCUCCCUUGCCCCCAACACCGCCCACACACACACCUCAACCGCCACCUCCACCUCCGCCCUCGACUUUGGCAACAGAAGCGGUAAAAGCCAUUAAGAUUACCAAAGUUUCCACUGCGCUGGGUACAUCAGCCACCACGACUCCCUCAAAAUCUCAUAAGAAUGCCACAAAGGUGUACAGCAACCCCAAACAGUUGCACAACAGACCAUCAACGGAUCUCUUAAGCUCCAUAAUGGCCAGCAUGGACAAUAGCAAUGUCAAUACAACACAGGCAGGCAACUCAACUAGUAGCAGUACUUCAUUAUUGUCAUCGUCCUCCUCCUCAGUUGGUUACGGUACCCCAUCGUCGUCAUCGUCAUCUUCAAUGCAUUAAGAGCAUAUUGUCACUGGGAAAUAUGAUUGUAAAUAUUUUUAUUUUAAAGUAUAGUUUGGAUAUGGCAUUGAAAAUGCUUCAACACCAGCAAAAGGCAGGCAGCAUGCAAAAUGCAACGCAAAAAUUGAUGUUUUACGAAGAAUAACACAAGUUUCCACCCAUUUGGUCAACAUCCUUAGUAGUUUCCACACUGUUAUUAUUGUGUAUAUACCUAUAUAUAUAUAUAUAUAUAUUAAAAAUCAAUAUAUAUUUUAGAUUUAUGUAUUUGUAAUUGUUCAUCAUAAUGAGAACGCCCCUCCCAUGUAUGGUAUAAUGCAAAAUAAGGACAUUUUCGUAUUUAUUAUUUUAUAAAUGAUCACUGAAGCACAGUGGGAGACUCUAAUCCCACAAGGCUGAACUUUUCCGUUUUUAAUUUAUUCAUAAUUCGUUUCCUUUUCGCGCUUAUAACUUAUUUGCUAUACAUAUUAAAUUUAAUUUGAAAAUAUAUGAAACGCAGUUGCGUGUAUUUAGGCUUCCUUAA